GCCAAGUGAUCAGUUCGAUCCUCCUAAAGAUCGUGUGUGUGCGUGAUUUUGUGUGAAAGACAGUAAAAUAGAUCAAAAUAUGCCAGUACAUCGCAAAGAUGAUUAUAUACCCAUCAAGGUAGAGGGUUGGAAUGGCAAAUUCGUCUAUCCCGAUGGUGCAGUCAAUAAUGUCUCCAAAAUACGACGACAAAAUCAAUUGGUUACCAAUACAUCGAAUUUCUAUGGCUUCAAUACGGAACCCAUUGUCCUGCCGACCACCUGGGAUGGAACAUUUGUAAAGAGCGGCGAAACACGCAUUAAACCCGAACGUAAUCGUUCGGAUGAUCAGGAUUAUUAUGAUUUUAGUACCGAACCAACCAUUUUGCCUCCAACUUGGAGUGGUGAAUUUGUUACCGAUCCGAAUGAUGUGCGCAUUAAGCCGGAACGUAAUUUCUCCGAUCCCCGUGACUAUGCCGAGGCAAAUCGUUUCAAAUUGGUCCAAAAGUAGUGAGAUCUAAUUCCCCCUCUAUAUGGAUGUUAAUUUCUUAAACUAAUAUUGUGCAAUUACUUUCAAAUGUUUUUGUGUUUCUCCAUGUACCUAACCUAAGCGUUUACGUUUUAUUUUUUGUAUUAUUACGUUUAUUUAUUUUUUCUCUA